GUCGUAAAGUGAUGAAACAGGAGCUACGGGGCAGAGCGGACACACGGAGAGGAGCGGGACCUUUAUUCCAGUGGAUGAACAACAAAAACGAUAGAACGUUUCAGAUGAGUUCCAGAGUCACGAUGGACAUCUGACUCCAGCCUCCAAGCUGACGCACGGACAUCUUGUUUCUCUGUCAAGAGCCUCUACGGAUACCCCAGCGUGUUUUUGCUGUUCAUAUUUAAAAUCGUGUUUUGCUCCUCGGCUGUGCUCUCAGUCACCAUGGCGUGGCCCUGUAUCACCAGGGCUUGCUGCAUGGCCCGCUUCUGGAACCAGCUGGACAAGGCUGACAUUGCGGUGCCUUUGGUCUUCACCAAAUACACGGACGUCUCCGAGAUGCAGCACGUUCAGCUUCAGCCGCAGCUGCAGCACCCUCCCCCGGCACGAGCCGCCAUAGAAACGCAGCCGUCUCGAGCGCAUCCCCGCACGGCACGCGCAGGUACCCAGCGCAGGUGCUUCUCUGAGGAGCGCGCGUGCAGCUCCGUGAUGCGCGAGGACUUUAAGCACUGGAACGUGCGCCCGGAGCCAAGCUGUAAACCGAGGAACGAGUAUCACGGACCGGAGACACCGUUCAACAGUGAAACACAGUAUCAGAAGGACUUCAAGCCCUGGCCCAUUCCCAAAAGAAAUGAAUUCAAGGCUUACAAAGAUGUCAAACCAGCAAAGAUGAUCCGGGCCAAGUCCCAGUACUUCCCUCCAGACGGGAAGACGAGUCGGGAGACCAGCUACAACGCCACAUUCAAAGGCACGCCCCUGCAGCCCGCCGACAAUAAGGCCCAGGAGAGGAGGAGAAUACGCAGUUUGUACAGCGAGCCUUACAUAGACCCCACUAAACAGUUCGACAGGUAUAGCCCUUCCCGCUCCAAACCCAAAAAGUCUGGAGCCACAGCUGCUGCGGGCCAGAGCAAGCCAGUGAAGAAGCCCAAAGAUAAACAGAGCGCUGCGGGGAGGGGCACCAAGAAGACCGCCUCAGAGAACAAGCCAGACCGGCCACCAGGGGGCGACAAGGAGAAAAGUAAAGAGAUCAACAACAAACUGGCUGAGGCAAAAGAGGUUGUGCUAAAACAGUACCACUACAUACAACUCUGCCAGCCAAUCCGCGAUAUAGGCUGGGUGCAGACUCUAAAACAACACCUGUGGGGCUGUGCUCUUCCUGAUCCCAGAGAUGUUAAGGAAGAUGUUGUCGGACCCGGUGAUCAUCAUUCCCCGAGUUCUGCUGGAGGAGAACCACACGAACCACUGCUGGACCGAUCGGAGCCCCGGAGGAGCAGUGUACGCUUCGCCCUAGAUGUCAAACAGACUGAUUAGUCAAUAUAGCACAGAUACUGCUGCUCUCAGUACAAGAUUUGGUAACAUUUUAUAAUAACUACACUUUUAUUAGCCUAAAUACAACAUGACAAACAACUUAAUUCAUUAUGAACAAGUAGCUCCUCAAAAAAUGCCUGGAGUUGUGUUUUGUUUCAUUCACACAUGUUUGAGUAAUAAUUUUUAAUUAGUCUGUCUACAUCUCCAAAGCUCAAAAUGCUCUGUUCCACCUUGUGAUGUCAUGAAGUGGUAGUUUUCAAGUUAACAGCUCCUUUGUUCAAUAGAAAUUGACAAUUCCAGGGAUGAAGUUAUCUAAAUGAUUCUAGUGAAGGUGUAUGGAGUUUAAACACACUGUGGAGCACUUCCUUUAUUACCACUCAAUGACAUCACAAGGUGGAACAGAGUGUUUUCUGUUUGAGAGAAGAAGUCAGCCUAAAUAUGCAGGGUUUGUGAGUUAAACAUGUGUGAAUGAAACAAAACACAACUCCAGGUCUGUUUGUGAUGCGUAAACAACAUUAUAACAUGGAUCAGAAAAUAGCACAAUAUGGGCCCUUUAAAAAUGAGAAUAGUUAUAGAUACCAUCUGUGAUUAGAUUGGUCAACCUGCCCCUGUUGUAUUCUCACAUACCACCACUAGCUUUGGCCUGACAAAAGAAGACCAGAGAGCACAGCUGAGCCUGAACAAAGGCCAGGUAAACGGAAGAGGAACAGGUUUCACAUUUGCCUUGUACUGCUUAAAAAAAUCAAAUAAACUUGCAGAUGGCAGCUUUAAGUACUCACUAAGCCUGAUUCAUGCUUAAUAAACUACUUGUUCAUUAUGACUUCAGUCUUUGUUCAUGCUCUUUCAGGCUAGUUCAGGUGUAGUUAUUAUAAAGUGUUACCAGAGAUUUAGAAUUUAUAAUUAUAUUUGAAUAGUAGCAUAAGGCACAUCCCAUUACAAAGGUCCAGGAGCUCCAGACCCAGGGAGCUUCUUACAUUUCAAC